AUGGACAGUAUUUCCUCAUCAAAUAGUGAUAUAAAUUCAGACGAAGAAAAUGGAUUUAGUGAUUUUGAAAAUGAAAAUACUCAAAUUUGUAAAGAAGAUACAAUAAGUGAAUCAUGUGAAACUCAAAAUAAUAAAACAUAUAGGUGUGCAUACUGUAGCAGAAAAGUGGAAGAUGUCCUGAUAUGCUCAUGCAAACAUUUAAUGUGUCUAACAUGUGCAAGUAUGCAACUACAAGAGAAAUAUGAUAAAUUUAUGAAAGCAUGUUCUAGUGCAAAAAUUAUAGAAGAUAAAAAAGUAAAUUAUAAAAUAAAUGAAAGUUUUAGAAAUUGCAUAGACAUAAUAGACAAAAUGAAUAAUGAUAAAAUAGAAGAUAUAUUAAAAAAAGAAAAAAUAGGGUAUGUUACAUGUAAUAUAUGUAAUAUUAAAAAUAAGCUUACAAUAGAUACUCUUGAACUUUUGACAAAAGUUGGAUUAUUUUCAUCUGAUGUUUUAAAUAUUCAUACAUUUUAUUUUAAUUUAAUUGGAAAUAAUAAUAAAAGAAUAAAAGGGUUGACUGAAAAUUGUAUUAAACAACUAAGUUUAGAAUAUGAUGAAUCAUAUAGUAAUGAUAUAUCAAAUAAAAAGAUAUUAAAAAAUGAUAAAUUAAAACAAUUGCCAAUUUCAAAUAAUAAAUAUGAUUAUCUCGAAGAAUAUGCAGAUGACCUUGAUAGAUAUUCAUAUAUAUGUAAUAUAUGCUCAUUUAGUGAAGCAAUAAUAUAUUGUAAUGAUUGUAUUGAAUAUUUGUGUGAAAAUUGUUGUAAUAACAUUCAUGAAAUAAAUACGCCAAAUGGUAUGAAUAGCAAAAAUACACCCCAUGAUUAUUAUAAAAUAGAUAAAAAAACUGUAAAUCUUAAAAAAUUAGUAAAACCUCCAAAAAUGUUUUUAAAUAUAACAAAAGAAGACAUCGAAAUUAUUGAUAAUACAGAUCGAGAUAGUUUUGAUGGAAAUUUUUCAGAAAACGAUGAAAAAAAGAGAAAUAAUAAGAUAGGGAAUUUUAAAGUGGAAGGAGGUGAUGAUUCUGAUUUUGAUAAUUAUGAUGAAAAAUAUUUCUAUGAAAAACAGAAAAAACUGAUGGAAAAGAAAAACAAAAAAGAUAAUAAUAUAAAACUUUCACACAAACUAAAUAAUUUAGUGGAAAAUAUGAAAAAUGGAAGUAGUUAUGACAGUGAGCAUUCGACAAUAGAUGGGACACUUGGGUCUAUUAGUGACAUAGGCGCAAAUUUUUUAAAAAGGAAAAAGAAAAAAGGAAAUAGACGAAUGCGCAAAAAAAAUAUGUAUGGAUCCAAAAUAAAAUAUGGUGAAGAUUUAAAUGGAGACACAAAUAUGUUGCAAAAGAGGGAAUGUACAAGUUCACAAAAAGGAAAAAAAAAUAAAAUAGGAAAUAUGAAUAAAGAAGAAAGUAUAUGUGUAUUUUCAAAUGAUGAAAUUUCUUCUCGAGUUGAUAUUAGUUCUAGUGAAAGUUCAUUAAAUUCGUGUAAUAGUGAUGAUGGAGAAAUAUGUAUAAAAAACAUAAAAAUGGAAUCCAUAAAAAAAAAAAAAGAUAUAAGAAAUCCUUCAUUAAAUAAUGAUAUAAUUGCUAAUAAAAGUUUUACAAGUAUUGAAAAUAUAAGAUGUAAUCAUCAUUAUAAUUAUCCUAUACAAUAUUUUUGUCAUACGUGUUGUACUAAAUGUUUUUGCUCAGAAUGUGCUAUUAAUGGUAUACAUACUUCUCAAUGUAAUAUAGAAAAUAUAAAUGCAGCUUUUAUAACAGUUUUAAAUAAUUAUUUAAUUCAAUGGAAUGAAGUUAUUAAUGAAUUAAUAAAUGAUUUAGAAGUAAAUUUUUAUGAAUCUCUUGAAGAUACUAGAAAUGAUUGGUCUUCAGUAUUAAGCGAAUGCUAUUAUAAUGUAAGCAGUAAAAUAAAUUAUAUAAUUAAUAACAUGCAUAAAAUGGAAAAGGAUAUAUUUAAUCAACUUGAUACAUAUAUGGAAAAUUUCAAAAAAGACAAUUUAGACUAUGUUGAACUAUUAAAUUCCAAAUAUGAUGAUAUUGAAAAUACUAUAAGUAUAAUCAGAGCGAAUAAAUUUCAAAAAAACCCAAUUGAUUUAAUUAAAUUUUAUAAUAAUAAUAUUAAUAUAAUAGACAGAACUCUUAUUCUAAAUAAAGAUUUUAAACCUAUAGAAGAUUUAUCAAAAAUACGAGAAAGUAAAAUUUUUUACAUGGAUUUAUAUACUUCUCAAAUAAUUAGUUAUCUUAAGCAUUUACAAGUUUUUUUAUCCUCAAACUUUUUAGUUCCAUCUAUUAAAUAA